UGUGUUGCUCACAAUAUAUUGUUCAAAAGGAACAAGCAUUUAGAGAAUGUGUUUUCAAAUUUUCAUGUUUUAAUUAAGGCUUUUAGCAGUAUGAUGACAGAAUGUGAAAAAAUAAGGCCUUCACUGGAAGAGAGAGUUCUGGCAUCACUCAAAAAGCAAAGGACCACAAAGGAGGUAAACAGAGCUUGAGAUAAUCAGACCUGGUGCCAAUGAAGGAACAAGGAUUCACUUGGCAAAGAAAUGCUUCUCAUGGACACAGAUUUGCUCAUCACUAUUUUGAAUAUGGAACUACAAGCACAAACAUGGGAUGGUCAGAGCAUGUGGCUGCCACGAUAAGCAUGCUGCACGGACAGGAGAGGGUCUUCUUACAAAGCAGAGAAGGAGUUAGAAGAUGCAGGCACACCUGAUGAAAAAGUAAACAGUGCUGGAGAAGAGAAUUUGAACCUCAGAAUAAAAGAGCUGGAAAAGUCAGAGCAAAAACUGAAAGGUGUUCUAGAGGACUACGUGGAGUCAGAUUCCAUCCUAAGAAAUAGGAUGAAAGAGCUGGAGCUGUCAAACAAAACACUUCUUGUGAUGAUUGAUCAACUUUAUGUGAAGCUGGACCAGGUUGAAAAUGCCAAUGUGCGCAUUAAAGGGAAACUGCGAGAUAUUCAGGAGGACCUGAUCAGCUUGGUUGAAAACCAAAAGAAGUCAGAGAAGAAGCACAAGGAAAAAUUGCAUUGGCUUCAGGAGCAGCUGAAGACAAAAGAGGAUGAAAUAAAAAGCCAGUCAGAAUAUUUUGAGCACUACAAACAAAGGCAGAGACAACAGACAGCAGUACUGAGGAAAAGGGACUGUUACCUUCAGGGUGAGGUAUCUAGGCUGGAAAAGCAAGUCCUAGAUCUUAAUGCCCAUAUUGCUCUUUUGACAUCCAAGUUUGAAGAGGCAGUGGUGCAGCACCUCCAGCAGAAGCUGCAGUCAGUGUGCAGUGGGACUCAGGGCUGUAAAUAUUCUGGCAUGGAAGAAAUGGAAUGGAAGACUUGUAUUGAAAAUGUGGAACAUGAUGUGAAAAGCCACCUCAAGGCAUUUCAGCAAAACCUGAAGCUCUUGAGGGAAAAAGAAGAGGACACUAGAAGAGAACGGGCAGACCUGCUGACUGAACUGCAGUGCUCUCAGAACACUGAAGACUUUCUCAGAACAAAAGUGGAAGAAUCUCACCAUAGUGUCUAUAGUUUAAAAUUAUCUGAAAUCAAACUACAGGAAAAAGUGGAAGAGCUUUUAGAUGAAAACAGAACUUUAAAAGAUCAAGGUACUGUGAAGUUGAAAAAGAAGAAAGAAAAAGAACUUACAAGAUUGGUGGAUGGAGACAAUAGUCUUAACCUGAAUGGAGAUCCAGUUCAGGAUGAAGUUCAGAAUCUGAAAUGGAGAGCAGUCUUGGAUUCACUCAGAAGCAGAGCUACUCAAACUCCAGUUGUGCUGCUACAUGAUAAAGAGUCUGAAACACCAGCCUGUAGUUGUGAUGGACUAAAGCAUACGGAGGAGCAACCAGAAGAACUUGUGCCAGUUUUGGAAUGCAGUUCUAGUGCUGUUGCAAAAGUUGCUGGUCUAGCUGAGACUGAGCAGGUCACCCUUGGACCACAGAGGGCAAAUACUCUAGAGGAUAGUUUCACUUUGCUCACGUGUAUGCCAAGUCAUCAUGCAGCAGGACUGCUUCCCCCUUGUCCUGAGAAGUUACCCAGUGAUGAGACAAAUAAGGAGACCAAAGAUGAAGAAACCUUUUCUCUCUUGAAGGAACACGCUAUAACUCUAACAGUGAAGACAUUCCCUGCUUCUGUGAUUGAAAUCUUAAUGAGAAAGAACCUCCAACUGAUCUUGUUUGAACACGGAAGAUGUCACAUAACAGCUUUCACCACUGAGAAGAAAGUGAAGAGUUUGAGUUUCUGUGAGACAAAUACUGAUCUUUGGUCUGAUGGUCUUUGCAUUGUUGCAAAAGGAGGAUUUUAUGACAGAGCUACUGAACUUCUUCAUGGAAAGUUGCCUUUUACUGUGGCUGAAGUUUUCACAUCAUCUCUAGAAGAAUGCUACAUGGAAAACCAUUGGGGAAACAAGCAAAUUCUGCCAGAAAGUGCUCAGAAGUGGUACAGAGAACUUGGUUUUGCUGAAACAAGGUAUGAAGAAACCAAAACUCAUUUAAAGCAGGCUCUCUCAGAAUUAGACCGCCUUAAGAGAGAAGUUCAGGACAAAAUGCAGGAAAAGCAGCACUGCAAAUUAAUGCCUGUCACACUGAAGGAUGGCUGGGAAAAAGAGGUGUAUAAAAAAGCUUGUAAGAGGUUAGAGCUGAAAGUGUUGGCCAUGAAAGCCGAGCUCAGGGACAAGGCUGCAUUACGUGACUUGCAGAUUCAAGUGAAAUUCCUUCAGGCUCAUCUGUAUGAAAAGGAGAAAGAACUGCAGAAGACAAAGUCUGAAAUGAGGUUGACAUUAGCUCCUCUGAAGGCUAAGCUGGCUUGCCUCACCCAAAAGUGCCAGGAAAGGAACAGCUUCAUUAGGAGAAUGCAUGAUGAAUUCCACAAGCAAGGAUUUAUUAACUCUGCAUUUGAUGAAGAGAUGAAGAACUUGGUGAAUGACACGACCCUGGCAGAGUACACGGUUGCUUUUACACCAAUGUGUGAUCAAGAGAUGCUGCCUUCCUCCACAGAUGUUUCACAGGCUAAUGGACAGCCAGAGGAUCAUGUGGAACGUGGAUCAAUAUCUGCAAACUCUCAGCCAGAGAUGGAUGGCCCCCACCAUUCUCCCAUCACCCCAAACUUGUGUGCUGGUUCUUCUCUCAGAGUAACAAGCCCAGAGAGGAUCUUAGCCUUGCAACAAGAGCUAGGAGAAAACUAUUGCAAAAAUUGCCAGUGAUCCAAUUAUUCCUAUGCCCUGAAGCUCUUUAUAGUAAUUUCCAUUAACUGCAGGAAUCCUGUUAAGAACAGAGCUGAUCAAUUGCAAUUGCAUUUGUGACAGUCUGCUGCUAAACUAAACAUGCAGGAGAUUUCAGCCUCUCUGAGACAACAUAACCUCCUUUAUAAACUUGGAUUCAAAUAAAUGCAA